AAUUGCACUCAUGAUCUCAAACUACAUGGCAUUGUUUUGACCCAAAAGGCCAACUAUAUAAAAGACAGAGACUGUCUCGUGUAGGAUAGGAUUUGGUUACUGAAUGGAGUGGAAACAUUGCCAAAUUUUAAACAAAGUUCAAUAGUGGUAAAUGAGUAAAUAGCAUUGGUCUUUGAGUAUGUGCACGAGAGUAAUGUAUUAGGACAAAACAGAUUGAACUUGAACGCCUCUGUCGCAGUUUGUCACAAAGCGGCCACGCCCCUUAAAAAAAAUACUGUACUUUGCGUUUAUCACGGUCUCACUGAGAAAGCUAAUAAAGUCAUGAAAAGACUUUCAAACAUACUGUGAUAAAAGAGGCGAGGUCACCAAGGUUUUCGGAAAAUGAGAGCUGGUUUUUUUUUUUUUGCUUGGAGCAAAACAUGGCAGGUAAGAAAUUGACUGACAAAAAAAAGUUGCAAGGACAGUUGAAGUUUACUGUCAAACUAAACAUCCAUCCAUUUUCUUAGCUGUUUAUCCUAACAAGGGUCACAGGCAGAGCUGCAGCCUAUCCCAGGUGUCAACGGGCAGGAGACGGGGUACACCCUGAACUGGUCACCAGCCAAUCGCAGUGCACAUUGAGACAGUCACACAAUUACACUAAGGGGCAAUUUAGAGUGUCCAAUUAAUGUUGCAUGUUUUUGGGAUGCGGGAGUAAAACCAGAAUGCACGGAGAAGACCCGCGCAGGCACGGUGAAAACAUGCAAACUCCACACAGGCGGGGCCGGGAUUGAACCAGAGUCCUCAGAACUGUGGGGCCAACACUUUACCAGUUGAUCCACCGACCGUGCCACCCAAACUAAACCUAAAACUGAAUUAGCCAAUUCACAAUAUUAUUAGCACAUCUGCAUUAACAGUUCUGAGAACCGGGGUUCAAAUCCUGGCCCCACCUGUGUGGACUUUGCAUGUUCUCCCCAUCACUCUGUGGGUUUUCUCUGAGUGCUCUGGUUUCCUCCCACAUCCCAAAACCAUGCAUUCAUUGGAAACUCUAAAUUGCCCCUUGCUGUGAUUGUGAGUGUAAAUGAUACAUGGUAAAAAAAGAAAGUGGAUUAAAAAAUUAAAAUACUAACAUUAUGCAGUUUGAACAUUAACAUUGUAGUUAAAUAAAGGGAAAAAAGGGUUUUGUAAUUCUUUUGUGUUUUUAAUUAUUGUAUUUAUAUUUUAACAAAGCAUGGUGGAGCCACUGUAGAGCAUUCGCCUCACAGUUCAGAGGACCGGGGUUCAAAUCCCGGCACCCGUGUGGAUUUAGCAUGUUCUCCACGUGCCUUUGUGGGUUUUCUCUGAACGCUCCGGUUUCCUCCCACGUCCCAAAAUCAUGCAACAUUUAAUUGGACACUCUAAAUUGCCCCGAGGUGUGAUUGUGAGUGCGGCUGUUUAUCUCCAUGUGCCCCGCGAUUGGCUGGCGACCAGUUCAGGGUGUCCCCCCGCCUCCAGCCCGUUGACAGCUGGGAUAGGCUGCAGCACUCCCUGCGACCCUCGUGAGGAUAAGCGGCAAAGAAAACGGAUGGAUGGAUCGUGUUUUUUGGGGUAUCUGAGAGCGACCUUCGUAUUUGAAUAACAGCUGUUAACUGACAGGAAGCUAUGAAUGGGCGACGUGACGUCACGUGCGUCAUCUGUAACCCUUCUUGGCCAAAUGCGGACCGUCAUUAUGGAAGAGCGACGCCGCUGCAAAAUGUAUUCACCCGCCAAAAUAGCGAGUUGCUCGCUCGUGAAAGUAACCGGGCGAUUGAAUUAACCUGUGACGUCAUCGGUGAGCGCCUCCGCCGGCCUUGGAGAUGGGCUCGACUUGUGAGCCUUGAUUUUUUUUUUUUUUUUUUUUUUUUCCCACCCCCGUCUGUUUUUGUCACAUAUCGCUCAUCUUAUCUCCUCAUUUGCGCUCCCUCCCGUCAGCUAAGUCUUUCCGCGAUGACAAUUGGAGGAGAGCUGUCAGGGGAAGUCAGCUGGGGGAUUUCAGCGCUGGUGCCCGUGCGGCCCGACCGGCUUGGGAGCGUCCGCUCCUGUGGCGUCCAGUGAAUUCACUCGGUUGGUCCCGGCGUCGCGAUGAAACCGGCUCAGGAGCGCAACCAGGAGUGCCUGCCUCCUAAGAAGAGGGACCUCCCCGUAAACAACUGUGGCAGCGCCGCAGGGACGCCAGGAGGUGGGUCUGCCGUAGAACGAGGAGGAGGAGGAGCGGGUGCCAGUGGUGGAGGUAGCAAUGUUGGAGAAGAUGAGGCGGGCGCCAUCCAGAACUGUGUGGCCAACAGUGACUCUCAGGGAGGACCUCCGCCUGGGGAGUGGUUGCGAGCUCAGGCAGGACUUCACUACGGAGUGGACACUUCCGAGGGCAUAUCAGCAGUGCCGGUAGACCAGUACAGUAUGCUUUAUAAAGUGGCUCUACCCUCUGUUACAUACUCUCCCACCAGUCCUCACCCGGUGUUAAGCCACAUCUCUCCAGCCUACACUGUACACUCUCCCCUCUUGCAACACCCGGGCCUUCCUUAUCCUCCUUUAGGCUACGCGCAGGUCCCUCAUUCCUCCCUCCAGUUCGUCAGCUCCCCGUAUGCGGCAGUACCGUACGCUUUACCUCCCGGCUUUGUUCCCGGUUCGCUCAUCUCCCCCUCUGGGACCCACGCCGUGCCCCACCUCGUCCCAUACCCAUCUGUCAUACAAGAAGGGGUGGUCUCCCCGCCGCCUCAGGCUCAGGUAGCCCCUCAUACCUUUGCCAAGGUUUCCGCAUCUGGCGGCGUCCCGCUGAUGCUGCCUUCAGAGCAGGCCACCCAGCAGCACCUCGGGACAGUCGGAGUCAUGUCCGCCGCAGAGCUCGGCUCGCGGGGGAUGCCGGUCUUCUAUCACCCUCAGGGUGCUGCCAGAGCCGCUGCCUGCAGGGACACCCACAACGUGCAUCAGGAAAAGGAGCCAGAGAUAAAUGGAGGGGAAAAGGACCAGGGGGCCAGGGAGCUCGUGUUGGACACCUCCUUCCCCGGAAGGAAUGCACGAGUGCAGCAGGUAGCCGCCGUCCCUGCGGCAUACGAGCCCAACCAGAAGCACCGGCUGAGCUCACCCGGCCACCGCAGCACUCCAGACAGUGACCUGGAGGUGCAGCAAGUGGUUGGCAGUUUGGCCUCCUCCACUAGCCACGGCAUCACUGGAGGGCGUAAAGAGGUCUCCUUCGCCCCGUUGAAUCUAUCUCAGAGUGUCCAGAGAGCCAGAGACAUCCACGGAGAGAACCCGGCUCCCGGUUCUGGCCGCGCUGCGUUCGUCGCCCAACCUGUGAACUACGGCGAGGCCAGAGUGAGCGGAUUGCAGCAGCAGCAGCAUCAACAACAACAAGCGGCUCAGCCGGCCCACGCUGUCAUGCUAUCCAACGGGCAGCCAGUGCUAAUCCCCGUGGAGUAUCACUCGCAGCUUCAGCAACACUACUCAGCACAGGCUAAUGACGGCUCUCCGAAGUCCUCCUUUAAAGCCUCAGAUCCUUCAGCCAGAGCCUGCCUCCCCGAGAGGGCUGUGGGUGAACCGGGCGUACCCCAGCAGCAGCAGCCGCAGCCUCCCGCUGAGGUGACCCAGGCCUUAGCAUCCUGCACCGUCCCCGGUCCGCUCCCCGGCAACCCGUCGCACUUCAUGAAGGGUGCCAUCAUCCAGCUGGCCACCGGGGAGCUGAAGCGCGUGGAGGACCUCCAGACUCAGGACUUUGUGCGCAGCGCCGAGCUGAGCGGCGGGCUCAAGAUCGACUCGAGCAUGGUGGUGGACAUCCGCGCCAGCCAGCAGAGGCCUGGCCUGGUGACGCUGCACUUUACAGUCGGGGAGCAGCAGAGCAAAGUGACCAUCGACGUUCCGCCCGAGCACCCCUUUUUCGUGUUCGGCCAAGGCUGGUCGUCCUACAGCCCGGAGCGCACCGCGCAGCUCUACGGCUUGGCCUGCCAUCACAUCCAAGUGGGGGACGUGUGCGUGUCCAUCACGCUGCAGCAGCAGCCGUCGCAGCAGAAGGCCGCACAACACCAUCACCCUCAACAGCAGAACGCGGCCAAAAUGAAGUACAACGAACUGGAAUCAGUGCUUUUAUUCAUUCCAGAUCAUCAGCGAGUUCCCCCAUGCCCACCACUCACCUCCUCACCGUACCUCACAGACUGGGAACCUCGGGAAUAACCCGAGAGUCGCGUUAGCCUUCAUCUCAAGUCUGCUCACUCACCAAAAUUGAAGCAAUAGAACCCACAACGGGGAUGUCGUCAUCCGAUAAUGUCCCCGCCCCCCCAAGAAAAAUGCCACCUCACAUGACCCCACCCUUUAAAAGUAAUGCACUAUUCCCAUCCCCCUUUUUCUAAGCAUUCUUUGUUGAUUCCCCAUAUCGCUGAUAUUUGAGCUUUCUUGUUUUCAUUACUCUUUCCUUACUCUUUUAUUUUUUGCUAUACCACCGCUUCGUCACCGACAUUUUGUCUCACGCCACAGGAAAGGAAUGCAUUUGGAAAACUGACAUGAUAUUUUGGGGAUCUGUUUGCAAAUUAGCCAGGAUGAAAGCUGCGGUUUCCGCAUACACACUGAAGAUACAGUACAAUAAGUGCAAUUAGUACACACGGAAACACGGAGAGGUUUUAGUAAUCAGGCAACGCAUCACAGAGAGAAAUUGCUAAAGAAAAACUUAAAAAGAAAAAAAUGUUUUAAAGGAUGAUUUUAUUUAAUGUAUUUGUGUGGUGAGCAGCAGAAGCUAAAAUUUCCACUUAAUAUCAUCCCAAAUAAUAAAAAAAAAACAUACAGGGUGUUUCUAAAAACUGAACACAUGCAUAUUUUCAAGACAUUUUUGAAACAUUUUAAUUGAGAAUAAAGUGUCUUCCGCAGAGUUGUUCCCCCGCCCCCCCAAACUAUCAUGUAAUAACAUAGUAGUGGCCCCAUCUAGGUGCCAUGGAACUACCAUAAUUUCCGGCCUACGGACCACACCGGAUUAUAAACCUCACCCAGCACAUUUGUAAAGGAAAUACCAUUUGGUACAUACAUGCGCCGCACCUGUGUGAAAGCCGCAAGUGCCCACAUUGAAACCCACAUUGAAACACGAUAUAUUUAUGAAGAAAGACGGUACAUAGAGUUUUCAAAGUUUUAAUACCUUAGCUUAGUUUAGCAUAGCAACAACACAGUAGCAUGAACAGGGCUGGUUUAAAAAAAAAAAACAAAAAAAAAAAACCAUACCGGUAAAAAUCACUGAGACAUGGCAGUAACACAACAGCAACACGCUAGCACAGCACUAACAGUGCCAGUUAAAAAAAAAAAAAAACGUAACUAAAUCACUGAGAUGCAGCAUUAA